AUGUCGAACACGUCGAAAUCGUCUGAAACGAUGUCCGCGUCCUGGACUCGUGCUCUGCCCAAGGCGCGAUACUAUGACUCGAGGAAGAUCAAGUCGAACAUAUCGCUGGAUGACCUGCAGCUCAACCUCAAUAUCCUCCAGCACUUUGUCAACGAGGGUCAUGUCUUUGCGAACUUCGUGGGCCAGAGGUUCGACAUCACAGACAUGAACGUGUACGAUCGAGAGGUGGGGGAGGCCAAGACGAAGGAGGCGGUUGUGGUAGUUGAGAUCACGGUCGACAAAGAUAUGUCCAAUCCAUACGGGACACUCCAUGGCGCGUGUGCUGCAUACCUGGUCGACCUAUGUACAUCCAUGCCCCUCAUAGCGCUGGGUAUCGCAAUAGGAAUCGACGGGUCAGGGAUGUCGCAAGCAAUGGACAUCGUUUACCACAGCGCCGCUCCCGUGGGUGCACGCCUGAGAGUCGUCGCGACGACGCUCACGAUUGCCGGACGCAUCAUGGCAGCGAGAUGCGAGAUUCGCAAUAAGAAGAGCGGUGCACUCCUCGUGUCUGCUACCCACACCAAGGUCAACCCUUACGCGAAGAAGGCGAGUGAGAAGUCGAAACUGUAA